AUGACGUGUCGAACUGUGAUUCGCUGGGUUCGUUCCUCCCCUCCUCGCGCCUCUCCCCCUCCUCUCACCUCCGCUUCGGGUUCCCCGAGCACCUCUGUGGCGACUGGUGGAAGGAUCCUCUUCGGGUGUGGGGGGCUGGGGGACGCCCUGAUUGGCCUAGCCGCCGCAUUCACUGUAGCACUUUUGGACGGACGUGCCCUGAUUCUCAACCACCCGUGCCUGCCUCAAGCCUUUGACCCCGCCCACGUUGACUGGCGGUUGACCGACGACAUCCCCAUGGAACCUUCCAGGAAAUACACGUACGUUCCGCCUCCUGACGUCGGCCCUUCUGCUGCUAAUUCAGCAACAGCAGGUUCUGCUGCUGGUGCUGCUGCUGCUACAGGCAAUGAGGCGGGUACUGAGCCUCCAGAAGCGGCAGUGCAGGCAGGGGAGGUGAUUCGACUGAACCUGAAGAACCGCGAUGUGGACUUGCAGCCACUCUUCUCCCGCCUCGCCCCCGCCACCAACAUCCUGCUGCGCUGGAACCGCGGCGUGCUCACACGGCUGUUUUUGGAGGCUUAUAACGCGGACAGAGAGUCUUAUAACGCGGAUAAGCGUGCAGAAGAGGCAGGGAGAGGGGUGGGGGCGGAGCUGCCGCUUGCGACAGGAUGUUUCCUGCGCUUCCUUCUCAGACCAAAGCCUGAGGUGUGGCAACUCAUCCGGCCGUUCGAUCAGCAGCUGAGGGGCGAUCGGACGGUUGUGAUUGGCCUGCACAUUCGGUUCGAGGACAGGGCAGUGUGGGGAGAGGGAGGGGAGGGGGCGGCUUUAUCACUCUCAGAGGAGCGAGUGAGGGAGAUGCUGGAAGAGGUUCGACCCACUCUUGAGUGUGCCAAGCGAGUACAGAAGUGGCACGUUCCCUCCUCCCUCCCUGUCAAGUGGCUUCUGCUCUGCAACUCCAUGCAAGUCAAGCAGGCCAUUCGCGACAAGUACCCGGACAAGGUAAUAACCACCGACUUUACUCCACGCCAUGCCAACAGUAUGAGUGGGGAAGACACCACCAACCCAUCCCCAUCCACCUCAUCUCCCUCUUCUUCCUCCGCUCCCUUCCUCGAGCUCAUAGCCGAGUGGCUGCUGCUGGCCUCCUCCCAUUUCUUCGUCAUACCCAACUCUGGCUUCUCCCGCACAGCGCUGCUCUACUCCAUGCACCCGGCAGGUUAUUCCGGAACCCGUGGUGGUGCCUCAAGUUUCGCCCUGACACCAGGCCCACCACGGAAGGCUUCCCGCAAGGCUCGGACGGCUCGAUCUGCUGGUGGCUUCUGGAGGCCCCCAGACUCACUCCCCCUCGGUCAGCUCGCGAUGGCGGAAAGAAGCGGCCGUGCCGGCAACAGCAGGCUGCUAUCUCUCCCCGACGAGCUUCUCCAAAUCAUUCUCGGCCUCGCAGAUCACCCAUCAGAUCGCCGCGGCGUCGCUCUCUGUUGCUCCCGCCUCUGCCACCUCUCUCGGCGCACGCCACAUGCGCUCCGACUUGAGUUCUACUCCAGGUCAAAGGCUUCGAAUCCGCGAGAGUGGCUGAAAACGUUCGACGAUUAUUCAAGGGUAUUUACCCACGUUAAGGAUCUGAUUGUGGAAAUUACCCGUGGUCUCGGGAACCAGCUGAUGGCGGGGAUCGCAGCGGGCUGCCCGAAAUUGGAAAAACUGAAGCUGGUGGUGGUGGCUUGCGAUAGUUUCAACGUCAACGGUCGAGCGUGGCGAAACCUCGCGAAGCAAUGCCCGCUCUUGGCUUCAUUGGAGCUAAACUCACGUGUCUCCUACACCCGGCAGCCACCACUCCCCCCCGUGCACCUAUUCCCCUCACUGCAGUCCCUCAGUCUCCUCUACGUUCCCUCAGACUACCUCUCCAUUCCCCGCUGCUCCUCCCUCACCUCUCCCGCCCUUAAAGCCCCCGAAUCCUCCACUCUUUCCUCCCUCGCCUUCUCCUCCCCCUCCCUUGUCUCCUCCUCCUCGUCCUCCCCCCUGUCGUCCUUCCCCCCAUCCUCUCUCCGCACGUCUCUCACGUCCCUCACCAUCCACUCAGCCAAACUUCAGGGCUCCCUCGCAUCCCUUGACUUCUUCCCCUCCCUCUCCUUCCUCGCCCUCCACUCCUGCACCGUCGACCCCUACGAGCUUUCCUCCCUCUCACGCUCCCUCCACUCCCUCACCUAUCCCACAGUCCACUUCUGCCCCCUCGUCUCUUCCCGCUCCCUCAUCCCCAUCCUCCAAGAGAGUCCUGCUCUCACCUCCCUUUCCCUCCACGGAACAACCUAUCGUCUGUUCAGUCCACAGGGCUUCCGCGCCUUGCUCUCAUGCUCCUCCUCCCAGCUCCACUCCCUCAGCCUCACUGGUUUCCCCUGCUUCCGCCCGGGCUUGUUUGCAGCCUGCACUGCCCUGCGGUCACUCAGUGUGGAAGGGAUUGUUGAAUCCUCGGACUCGAUUUCUCUGAGCCGCGUGUCAUUGGACGGCAUUGCAGGAAUGCUCGUGCGGGUGGAGCAAAGAGGAGGGACAGGAGGGGAAGCAGGAGGGGAGGCAGGAGGGGAGGCAGGAGGGGAGGCAGUAGGGGAGGCAGUAGGGGAGGCAAGAGGACGAACUAGUGCUCCUGCAGCAGCUGCAGAGGCGCUGGUGUUACCGAAGGGGAGCAACAAGCACUGCAGGAAUUACGUGGACAUUCGCACAGAGGCAGAGGCAGCACAGGCGGACAAGCUCGUAGCAACGAGUGAGGUUUUUGAUCUCUUCGAAACUGCUAGGAAAACCAGUCAAGCCGCCUUGUCCGAGGCCCGUGAGGUGGCACGAGCAGAGGGCGAGAGUGCUGUGGCUCGGAUUAUUGCAAGCCUCGGGAAGAUGAGGUUCGGGAUCUCGGUGUGCUGGUCCUGCCCUGACAUGAUCCGCGAGUACAAUGCGGUUAUGGAUUGGGAGGAAAAGCUGAUGAGGUCAGCUGCUGCUGUUGCCUGCCGGGCGGCAGGGUUCUUUGCCACGGAGGUGAAUGGUGGAGAAGAAGAGGUCAGGGAUGGGGAGGAGGAAGAAGGAUAUGAAAUCAUGGACAGCAUACCAGCUGAUGAAGCCUUGCAUGAGAGGGCGCUGGGUGGGGAGCGGUCUGGUGCGGUGGAGACACAUAUAGAGGCUAUGCGGAGGCUGGAGGCGCUGGUAGAUGUGCUGCAUGAUACAGCGUGUGGCAUGUGUGAUAGCUCCCGGACCAUGCGCAAACCCCCCGCUCUUACAGCUGCUUCUGUGCGGUCAGGGGCUGUUUCGGCGGCAGUAGCAGAUGGAAGAGCAGCUUUGCAUGGAGUGGGAGGAGGGGCGGCAGGAGCAGCAGAUGGAAGAGUAGCAUUGAACAGAGUGGGAGGAGGGGCGGCAGAAGGAUUGCAGCAGGCGGAAAACGCACUAGAAGACGGAGGGCUAUCAGGGCCGGCAGCAGGGGAGGCGGCAGCAGGAAAAGUGGCAGCAGAGUUCCCACGCAUUCGGCCAAUGUCCUUCUGGUCCAUUGCUCGAGCGGCUGCUUUUGGGCAGCUCAAGCGGCUUGCGCUGUUGUUCUGCUCAGGGUUAGGGGAGGAGGAGUGGCUCGAAUUGCUUGCCGCAUGUGUUAAGCUGGAGGAGUUGAAGGUGCAACAUAGUGACAAGUUUUCAGAUGCAGUGGUGGUGGGAAGCAGACUGGGAACGCUCGCUAGCUUGACGGUGGUCAUGUGUGAUAAGGUCACAGCAACAGUCAUUGGAGAGGUUCUUAGAAGCUUCCCUAGAUUGCGGUACUUGAAGGUGGAAGUGGGGAAGGUCCCGGAAAGGGCUCGGAGAGAGUUGCUUCGUGCUGGUGUGAUUGUGAGGGGUGUUUGA